AUGGCCCCCAAAAUGAUUUUCCUGGUGGGUGCCCCGCUACCUGGCAAUCUGGACUGGGAUCACGACGAGCUUUUAAACGCGCCAGUGCCCCCAUUCCACAAUGCAGACACCAAUUCCAGAACCGAACAUCAGGCCUAUUUAAACCAGGACUCUAUCAAAUGGAGAGUUCUUCAGCCUCUGUCAACAGACACCGUGGAUGAUCACUAUGCAUUCUACUGGGGACCCAAGGACCCAAACUUCCUGACAUCCCAUCAGCUCAUCAAUGCUGACAGCGUAACAAACGAUGGGAAUGAUACGACUUUGUCUCAGUUCUACGACCAUUCAUUUGCCAUCCAUGAAGCCUCAGAGAUAUCUGGGUCAGAGUCACAAGAGAACCUGACACAGGAGUUGGACAGCAUUGAGGCCGCUGAUUCACCAAGCAAAGAAUUACUUCUGUCACCACCCUUUCGAAUGAAUGGCCCCUUGAGGGAUUUGAAGGACAUCCCCACGGCAAGAGAUCUGCAGACCAUUGUUCCACAGACAAUAUCAGUCAAUUUAGUUGUCGGGGUCAUUGCAGUUCAUCCACCCCGCCGUGUGAUAACGCGGCAGUGGAAAAAAGAACUCGAUAUCAUUGAACUAGUGGUGGGUGACGAGACAAGAGCCGGGUUUGGCGUCAACUUUUGGCUGCCAGUUUCAGUAUCAGCCGAUCAGACGGCAGCCAAGGCCGAGAAAACCUAUGGGCUUGGCCGGUCCCUGGCUCGACUUCGACCUCAAGACAUUGUUCUUUUGCGUACUGUGGGGCUUAGCUCGUUCCGGGAUCAGGUUUACGGACAGAGCCUUCGUGGAGGAAUGACCCAAGUCGACCUUUUGCACCGAUCAUCGACGGAUGCGGGUGAGCUCGACAAGGUUCCGACCAAUGUCCAGGGCGAUCUGCCGCAGAAGGUUCGCAAGGUACGGGAAUGGAUCCUCCGAUUUGUGGGGACGGAUGGAGUAGGCGGUACUAGCCCAGGAAUGCCCGAGACACAACGUGGCCGGCUACCCCCGGACACGCAGUAG